AUGACAAACCCAAAGCAACACAUAGAUCGCCUUCUCGGACUCUUGAUAUUUAAAAAGCUAAAGGAUGGAAUCUAUAAGGGAGUGAGAACCAACAAAUCCUUAAUCAAAACUGGCCAAACUUUUGAGAAAUGGAAGUGUGAUACCAAUCAAUCUUUCCGAGUAAGAAGAACUCAAGUUGAAUUGAAGAAUCGGUAG